GGGUGAGGGUAGCAGUGGGUAGGUGAGGCUAGCAGUGGGUAGGUGAGGCUAACAGUGGGUAGUCUGUACCAGCACAUUGUCCAGGUAGGGCAACAAGCUGGAACAUGAUGGCUUGUGUAUGCUAUACUCCCCACUCUUCUCCCAUCACAAACCUUCACAUUUACACAUGACUUUAACAUAUGUAUACUGUAUAUAAUGAAUGCAAGUAUGGAUUGGAUUAAUUCCAAGUAAUUUCAUUCAUUCAAGGUUGUUAAUUUUUUUGUGGAUAUGUAUGACAACUGGCAACUUGAAUUGGGGGUUAGGUUAAGUUGCCAUACACUCAGUGUAAGCCAGGUGGUGGUGGGGGUUACUUGUUGCAUCAUGAGUUUCAACAUGCAUAGUGUGCAAGAUCUAACUCCUCCAGUGUGGGUUCGGUUGCAAAAUGCCCUCAGUCAGCCAGUUUUGCAAAUUAGAUGUGAAGAAAUUGGGCGUAUUUUAAAUGAAGCCACCAGCAAGGAUGCGAAUUUCAUUCUUCGUGCAGUAGUGGAAAGCAUAUUUGGUGUAAAUGGUCAAGUGGGAUGGGGUCUAAGAACAAUAACCCAUAGUCUUCUCAUGAGAGAGUUCGAACUGUUGCGAGCUUUUCUGAGCGCCUCGGGUCCACUGCUGUCACUGACCUAUCGUCUGGCAAAUGAUCCAUUCCUCAUGUUUGAAUUUCCAGUAGCAUGGCUUCCAAUCAAAUCUCGUUCUGAAAUAGAAGAUGGCACUCCAGGAGUUUUUUAUGUCAACAAAGUGCAGAAUCCAGGUCCUGGGAAAACACCAACCAAUAUUCUACUGAAUGCUUUUGAAUUUUACAUAUUUCAUUUUGCACACUUUCUUGUGAGUGGAAGCAAUCAGAGAUGGUCACUAUCAUGGUCAACUGCUGGUGAUGCUCUCUAUCCCAGUCUUCUAGAAGACUACCUUAGUACAUUUCUACCAUGUGACAGCUCCAUACCUCCUGGUCCACUAAGCCCUCCUGUCUCUCCGAGAGGUGUAUUAUCUCCUAUCUCUCCCAGGAGCAGCGGCAGUAGUAAUCCCACCCUGUACCUAUCUUCUCUGGUGUCCCCUAUUGCCUCGCGUACAUUACGCUCACCCUCCCCUCAUGGUUACCCCAGCACUAAUGGCAGUGGAGCACAUGCAUCAUCACCUCUGCAUGCUACUCACAACCCACAUCCCCAGCUUAAUAUCUGGACCAGCCAGGUAGUACUGCAAGUGAUGAUGGAGAUAUGGGUAAAUCAGUGCCUUCCUCCACCUACACGGUCACCGGGACGUGUGCUUCCCUCAACCCCAGUAUCACCACAUAGUCAGUACACUGCUCUGCAUGUGUGCAGUGUGUUUUCAGAACACACACCUCUAGAGUAUCGGCCAAAUUGGCACACAAAUGGCUUUGAAGUUUUUGUGCCAUCAAGUGAUCAUGUGAGGGUUGUGAGGAUGCUUAUAAAACAUCUGCAUUUCUUUGCUAAUAGUGGAAAGCCAGCACAGCCAUCGCCUUUAGAUGAUUUGCGCAAGAACCUGUGGAACAUGUAUCGAAAGAGCCUUUACCGGUUUCUUCGUCAUACCUUCAGCCAUUGGCCAUUGGAUUCCUCCUUCAGAUUGGUUCUUGAGACGUGGCUGUCUUAUAUACAGCCAUGGAGGUACACAGACUACUCACCAACUAAUAGAAGUCCAACACAAGGCUCUUCAGACUAUGAAUCGCAACGAUCUGUGGAAGGAAAGUGGCAGGGUUUUAUUGCUGAGAAUCUCCUAUUCUACAGCUUGCUAUUCUACCACCUUGUAUGUCGACUGUUUCGCUUGGACUUGUCGGCUCCUAAGAAUGCUCAGAUUCUUUUUAGGGUUACAAAGGUUUUCUCUCAGACCAACCUUGGCAGCUUUAUCCGUGAAAUAGAAGAGGCCCUGGAGGAUCCUCACUUCAUGCACCGCUCCUUACUUGGUGGAACAUCUCAUUCCCUAGGUCAUCAUGGAGGAUUUUCUGGCAUUCACAAUGAUCAGUUUCCAGCACGUUCUCUUGCGUCUGUUGCCCGAGGUCAUAUUGUAGAGAUGGAAGGCCCUAGUCAUUCUUAUCAUCCUAUGUUUAGCUCAGGGAAUAUUACAAUGGUGGAAUCACUGCUGAAGCAUAUACAAAGGGCACAUGAGGCAGUAAUGAGGGAACAGCAGCAGCACUUUAGAGCAUGUGCAGCUGGUGUUAGUGCUGGUGCAAAUGGCAGGGUCAAGAAGGAAAGCUGGUUUUUAAAUGCCAUCAGGUAUAUUUUUGAUUCCUCAUCUCCCACGGAAGAUGAGAUAUCCAGUGAUGAUAUCAGGAAGACAGUCAUUCAUUUGGAAACAGCGCAGAGGCAUCUUUCAGGAAUUUUCAAUAUUCUUGUACCUUUUGAACCUGGACACAGCAGCACUGGUAUUGGACCAGGAUAUCAGGAUACUAAUCAGUUAGAUUCAUUUUAUCAAUAUCACCAGUUUAAGCCAUCAGAUGACCAUACAUCUCCUCGUUAUGUCAGCUCCCCAAAGGGUCCUGUCCUUACUAAUUAUGGCCGUCACCAGUUGAUGUCAGGGCUUCGUAGGCUAGAUUUGAAAUACGAAGGAGACCCAGAUUUAAAACCAAUCUGCACCUUUGAAAUACCCUUCCUUGUACGAUGGUUGUACACUCUGACUACACUUAUUAAUUGCAAAUAUGGGACGAAUAUUGCUGAACUUUACUCUAGGCAAGAUCUAGCUGGAUAUUUGGCAAAAGUGAUACUCAAACCUCCUGAGACAGUGUACGAGUACCACAAAAACUGUUCUGGUUCUCCACACACUCGUGUCUCUAAGGAUCUGCCACCAAGAAUAAGUUUGAGAUUUCAAGCUAACAAACAUGUUAUUGGAUAUGAGCUGGGAUUUGCUCUUCUAUUUUAUGUUCUGGGUAUGUGGGGCUUCUUACUGAAGUUGCUCAUAUCUGUUCUUGUUGUGAUGGCUGUGCCUGCCUACAUCUCCCACUAUUACAUGGCUAAACGCCAGGCAGCAAAUUCAGAGGGUGACCAACAGGAGGAACAAGAUCAAGACCACCAGAGAGUUCCACCAUUUCUGCCAUUACCUAAAUUGUGAUAGCGUUUUGUAUUUAGGGCUAAAUAAAUAACUUCUGGACUAAAUGAGAUGUAUAAGAGUACAAAUAUGAUGUGUGGCUUUGCUAAUUGUGGUAAUGAAAAUGCUAAAAAAUUAAAUGGAUUUGAAAUUAGUGCAUAACCCUUGUGUUAUUGGAGAUGUGAAUAAUAAGACAGUAUGCUCUUUUUUUUUCUGUGUUUACUGCAUGUGUGGCAAUAUGUAAAUGCUGUACUGUACAUUUAUAUACAGUAUAAAUUUUCUUCUAUUAGCCAUUUCCUCCCAAAGAAAACAGCCAUUCCAUCACUUGGCUCCCUUCUGUUUUUCAGGAGGGCAUAGACAUCAUGAUCCAAGGAUGACACUGUAUAAUGUGAUUGCUAACUGGUUAAUUAAUAUUUGAAUUUUUAUGUCAUUAAUACAAUUUAUUUUAAUAUCUGCAGAGAAUUUCAGGAGUUUUGUCAGUGUGUGCUACAUGUUCUUGUAAGGAAACAAUAUGGCAUUUUUAUAAUUAUAUUUACUGUAUUUGUUUUUUGAUGUCCUAGAAUAAGUUUUUUCAAUGCUGAGCUUCGUUAAUAAAUAGGAAUAUUUUUUAACAGCUUCUAA